AGCGAAGCCCAGGCCCUCCUGGGAAGAAGUCCGAGCAGGGGCAUCGCGCGGCAGGACGCCGGCUUUCCGGGACAGGAACAAAAGGCCUGGGAAGGAGGCGGGUCAGACACCAGGAAGGGUGGAGGGCACUGCAAAGGUGGAACCCGCGCACCAGGGAAAACUCGGGCGUUUGCGCACCUCACUAGUCACGAAGGCUGAGAUGGGAUCCUCCCAAGUUCCCUUAGAAGCCAGCUUCGGCACUUCCGGGAGGAGCCGGAAAUAAUUUUUGUGCUCGGCGGAGGCUCUCUAGGCGUGCGACCCAGCGACUCGAUAGCCGGAAGUCAUCCUUGCUGAGGCUGGGGCAACCACCGCAGGUCGAGACAGCAGGCGGCUCAAGUGGACAGCCGGGAUGGCAGAGCGUGCGGCGCUGGAGGAGCUGGUGAAACUUCAGGGAGAGCGCGUGCGAGGCCUCAAGCAGCAGAAGGCCAGCGCCGAGCUGAUCGAGGAGGAGGUGGCGAAACUCCUGAAACUGAAGGCACAGCUGGGUCCUGAUGAAAGCAAACAGAAAUUUGUGCUCAAAACCCCCAAGGGCACAAGAGACUAUAGUCCCCGGCAGAUGGCAGUUCGCGAGAAGGUGUUUGACAUAAUCAUCCGUUGCUUCAAGCGCCACGGUGCAGAAGUCAUUGAUACACCUGUAUUUGAACUAAAGGAAACACUGAUGGGAAAGUAUGGGGAAGACUCCAAGCUUAUCUAUGACCUGAAGGACCAGGGCGGGGAGCUCCUGUCCCUUCGCUAUGACCUCACUGUUCCUUUUGCUCGGUAUUUGGCAAUGAAUAAACUGACCAACAUUAAACGCUACCACAUAGCAAAGGUAUAUCGGCGGGAUAACCCAGCCAUGACCCGUGGCCGAUACCGGGAAUUCUACCAGUGUGAUUUUGACAUUGCUGGGAACUUUGAUCCCAUGAUCCCUGAUGCAGAGUGCCUGAAGAUCAUGUGCGAGAUCCUGAGUUCACUUCAGAUAGGCGACUUCCUGGUCAAGGUAAACGAUCGACGCAUUCUAGAUGGGAUGUUUGCUAUCUGUGGUGUUUCUGACAGCAAGUUCCGUACCAUCUGCUCCUCAGUAGACAAGCUGGACAAGGUGUCCUGGGAAGAGGUGAAGAAUGAGAUGGUGGGAGAGAAGGGCCUUGCACCCGAGGUGGCUGACCGCAUUGGGGACUAUGUCCAGCAACAUGGUGGGGUAUCCCUGGUGGAACAGCUGCUCCAGGAUCCUAAACUAUCCCAAAACAAGCAGGCCUUGGAGGGCCUGGGAGACCUGAAGUUGCUCUUUGAGUACCUGACCCUAUUUGGCAUUGAUGACAAAAUCUCCUUUGACCUGAGCCUUGCUCGAGGGCUGGAUUACUACACUGGGGUGAUCUAUGAGGCAGUGCUGCUACAGACCCCAGCCCAGGCAGGGGAAGAGCCCCUGGGUGUGGGCAGUGUGGCUGCUGGAGGACGCUAUGAUGGGCUAGUGGGCAUGUUCGACCCCAAAGGGCGCAAGGUGCCAUGUGUGGGGCUCAGCAUUGGGGUGGAGCGGAUUUUCUCCAUCGUGGAACAGAGACUAGAGGCUUUGGAGGAGAAGAUACGGACCACGGAGACACAGGUGCUUGUGGCAUCUGCACAGAAGAAGCUGCUAGAGGAAAGACUAAAGCUUGUCUCAGAACUGUGGGAUGCUGGGAUCAAGGCUGAGCUGCUGUACAAGAAGAACCCAAAGCUACUGAACCAGUUGCAGUACUGUGAGGAGGCAGGCAUCCCACUGGUGGCUAUCAUCGGCGAGCAGGAACUCAAGGAUGGGGUCAUCAAGCUCCGUUCAGUGACUAGCAGGGAAGAGGUGGAUGUCCGAAGAGAAGACCUUGUGGAGGAAAUCAAAAGGAGAACAGGCCAGCCCCUCUGCAUCUGCUGAACUGAACAAACUAUCAGAGGAAAGGAAGUGGGACUGGCACUAUUUGAGGUUAAGACAAACUGCAUAUGUACUUCAACUGCUUUGCACUUUUCCGUUUCAGCGGAAGACCUGAAGAGUGGUCAGAACAGAGCCUUUAAUUUUUAUUAUGGUUAUUUUAUUAUUACUGGCAAAAACGGCCAGGUACAACACCUUUUUCAUACAAGGCCCAGGAGGCUUAGUCCAGUCUGUGCUCCUGGGCUACAAGGACCCAGCCUGAGAUGGUCCCAUCUGCAGGGCCCCGCACCAGUUGGAGCAGAUGCCUCCCCACCACCAAUUGCCAAAGGUCCAAUAAAAUGCCUCAACCACGGAG